CUGAAAAUUUACCGUGGUUCAAUUUUAGACACAACGCGUCCAAAGCAGCCGAAUGAGCGCGAUGGUGUUCCGUACUAUUUUGUCAGCAAACAAGCGUUUCAGGAAGACGCCACUUCGGGAAAAUUUGUCGAAUGGGGAGAGUACCAGAAGCACUUGUAUGGAACAAGCUUCGGAGAGAUCCGGCGGGUUAUACAACGAGGCAGGACCUGCGUUCUUACCCUUAAACCUCAGAGCAUUCCUGUUCUUCGCAAUUCUGAUCUAAUGCCGUAUGUGAUAUUUAUUGCCCCUACGUCCUUGGAGCGGCUCAAAAUGAGCAAACAGAGACAAGGAAUCAACGGUAACGUCAAGGAGGAUGAGCUGAAGGCGAUUGUUGCUGAGGCCAAGAAAGCCGAAGAACAGUUUGGACACUACUUCGAUAAAGUUAUCGUUAACUACGACUUGGAGCAGAGCUUCCACGAACUGAGGCUGGUCAUUCACAGACUUGAAAGUGAACCUCAGUGGGUGCCCAGUGUAUGGCUGAAAUCGACCAACUCCGUUUCGAAUAAUUUGCAUCAGUGA